AUGGUUAAAGUUAACCAGGGAACCAACUGCAAUUACGUGGCAACUCGACACACGGACAACGCGCAUUACUGGCGACUGGACACACGGACACCGCACAUUACUGGCGGCUGGAAACACGGACACCGCACAUCGGCACAUUACUGGCGACUGGACGCACGGACACCGCACAUUACUGGCGACUGGACGCACGGACACCGCACAUUACUGGCUACUGGACGCACGGACACCGCACAUUACUGGCGACUGGACACACGGACACCGCACAUUACUGGCGACUGGACGCACGGACACCGCACAUUACUGGCGACUGGACGCACGGACACCGCACAUUACUGGCGACUGGACGCACGGACACCGCACAUUACUGGCGACUGGACACACGGACACCGCACAUUACUGGCGACUGGACGCACGGACACCGCACAUUACUGGCGACUGGACACACGGACACCGCACAUUACUGGCGACUGGACGCACGGACACCGCACAUUACUGGCUACUGGACACACGGACACCGCACAUUACUGGCUACUGGACACACGGACACCGCACAUUACUGGCGACUGGACGCACGGACACCGCACAUUACUGGCUACUGGACGCACGGACACCGCACAUUACUGGCGACUGGACGCACGGACACCGCACAUUACUGGCGACUGGACACACGGACACCGCACAUUACUGGCGACUGGACACACGGACACCGCACAUUACUGGCGACUGGACGCACGGACACCGCGCUUACUUUGA